GGGGACCGGCCUUCUUUGUAGCCCUGGCACCGUAGAGGUAGAGGAGCUACAUUGGCCCCGUCCCCUGUCCCUCUGCCCUCUUGCCCAUCUGCCCACACUUUUGUAUUUGAUUAUGUUUUGAUGUCGAACCCCAAAGCACAGUAAUGGAGGGGCGGAACCUGCGGAGCUGGGAGGAGCGCGCGUGCGCACGACUCGGGCUGCGCGCCGGAAGAGCACGCCCAGUCCGGGCUGCGCGGAGGAAGCGCCUGGGGUUCGGGAGGGAGGGGUGGCGGCGCCGGAGGUCGCCAUGGCUACCGAGCCCGAAACAGCGGAGCCGGUGGUGCCUUCGCUCGUGGAUCGAUACUUCACUCGCUGGUACAAACCGGAUGUCAAAGGAAAAUUUUGUGAGGACCACUGUAUACUACAGCACUCUAACCGAAUAUGUGUCAUCACAUUGGCCGAAUCUCAUCCAGUUCUUCAAAGUGGAAAAACAAUUAAAAGCAUUUCCUAUCAGAUCAGUACCAACUGUAGCAGACUUCAGAACAAGGUCUCUGGGAAAUUUAAGCGGGGGGCACAGUUUCUAACAGAGCUUGCACCUCUCUGUAAGAUUUACUGCUCAGAUGGUGAAGAAUAUACUGUAUCUAGUUGUGUUAGAGGACGUUUGAUGGAAGUGAAUGAAAACAUUCUCCAUAAGCCAUCUAUUCUCCAAGAAAAGCCAUCCACUGAAGGCUACAUUGCAGUUGUGUUACCCAAAUUUGAAGAAAGUAAAAGCAUAACAGAAGGGUUACUGACACAAAAACAAUAUGAAGAAGUCAUAGUGAAACGCAUUAAUGCCACAACUACGUCAUGAGGAUUGACAUGGAAUAAAAAGCGAAGCAGGAUUCUUGUUACCUGGCCUAAACCAUCAGGGUACUAAAGCAGAAGAACCAGUAUAUGUAAAGCAUACCUAACAGCCAGCCAUAUGCAGGGGAGGCCUAGUGCUUCACUUAGUUUUCCCUCUCUGUCUUGCAUAAUGAGCCUUGGUUCCCAUUUGUCUACAGCCUGCCAGAUCUGGCCUGCCCAUGUACUCACCCUGUUCUCUUGCAUCUCUCUAACAACUGGCAUGCAAGGGAUGUUUUUCUGAUUAAAAACAAAGCUCUUUGAAGAAAAUUUAGAAAAUACAGAAAAUUUUUAAGUAGCCAAGUAAAAAUAAUUUACCCAUCAUCCCAUAAUCCAAAAGUAAAUGCUUUUGACCCUUGAACAACAUGGGUUUGAACUGCGAGGGUCCACUUAUGCACGCACUGUUUUCAACUAUCAACGAAUCAAAACUAAAUCAUUAACCAAACAUGAAACCCACUUAUAGAGCAGGUUCAUAUACUCAGUUCCGAAGGGCCAGCUGCAGGACUUGAGUACUCAUGUAUGGAUUUGGGUAUAUGUGGAAGGUCCUGGAACCAAUCCCCUAUGUAAACCAAGGGAUAACUACUACAUUUUAACCUACUUCUGUUUGAACAUAUGGUAUGGUUAUUGCUUUUGCCUCAUUUUCCUAACAGUUUGAAGUUUAAAAAAACCUAACCCACCCUUCUUACCCAGUCUCCUAUAAUGUGCCUACCAAAAUGCCUAGUCCUAACCCACCUGCCUCAACUCCUCUCCCUUUUAGGUUGUAGGGAAGGCCAGAGUGGAGAAUAUAUUGUAUCUUCGGUCCCCGCUUAUGCCAACAAGAUGGCUUUCACCUCUGAAAUAAAGUAAAACUGCAACACUGUGACUUCUUAAAUGAGGGAUAUGUGAAAAGGCUAUGAAAAAUACAAAGGCUUUCCUAGGAAAUGUGUUAUAAUGCAGUGGGAAGAGAAUUCUUGAAAUAUGCACAUUAUAGUCGCUCAGUCUCACAAUCUCCAGUUACCGGCAAAGAAGUUACUGAGAAUAUGUCAUUCAAAGGCAUAGAGGCCUUUGAAUGGAACAAAUGCUUUCACAUCAUUUAAACUUAAAAAACCUCCAACAACUAUGAAUUUAUAGUUUAAGAGUGAUUUACACUGAACUUCAAAUAAAAGGACUAUAAAACAUGUUAUUUUUCUAUAAGGACUAUAAACAUUUCAAUAUCCCUGUUUUUAAAUAAAAUAUACUUUUAUACGGAAGAAA